AUGGCACCUCUGCCUUUGCGCAGACCAGAAUGGCUGAAGUCCAUCGUCGCUCGACUGCCUCCACAACUCCGCUUCGUCCCAUUUCCCGCUGUUCGAAUCAUAUCCCUCCUGAUUCUCGUCAAUCUUGCUAUCUGGGCUAUUGUAGCCAUAGUCUUACGAUCACACGCAUCAUUAUCUUCUACAGCUCUCCUUUCAUAUACUCUCGGUCUGCGACAUGCUCUAGACGCCGAUCAUAUAUCUGCCAUUGACCUUAUGACCCGACGACUCGUUGCAACGGGCUCGAAACCAGUCACUGUUGGAACAUGGUUUAGCUUGGGGCAUUCAACAAUUGUGAUUAUAACAUGUAUUGUGGUUGCAGCGACUAGCGGGGCAUUGGAGAAAAGGUUCGACGGGUUCCGAAAUAUAGGAGGCAUAAUUGGGACAGCUGUCAGUGCUGGAGUUCUGAUCUUGCUCGGAAUCGGCAAUGCUUGGAUAUUGGUGAAGCUUGUCCAGCGGUUGAAGGUUGUGUUAAGAGAAGAGGUAGAUGGUGAUCGAGAAGCUGCGAAUGAAGGUGCCGUUGCGGGACUAGACCUCGAAGGAGGAGGCAUAAUGGUCAGGCUCUUGAAGAAAGUCUUCAAGUUCAUUGACAGGCCUUGGAAGAUGUACCCUCUGGGUGUGCUGUUCGGACUUGGUUUUGACACCAGUAGUGAAGUCGCCUUACUUGGUAUUGCUAGCAUACAGGGUGCGCAAGGGACCAGUAUUUGGUUGAUCCUUAUCUUUCCUGCUCUCUUCACUGCGGGCAUGUGCCUUCUGGAUACCACCGAUGGAGCAUUGAUGAUGACGUUAUAUACAUCUACUUCUUUGGCACGGGAUACCAUUGCUAUCCUUUACUAUUCCAUCGUCCUGUCAGCUAUCACAGUCAUGGUGGCUAUCACGAUUGGGACCAUCCAACUCCUCUCACUUGGUGCGAACUACUCUAGUGGGCGGUUCUGGGAUGGAGUGAACAAUGCCGAGGACCAUUUUGAUAUCAUCGGUGGAUCUAUUUGUGCUGCUUUCGUUGUCUUUGGAGCCGCAUCUGUUGUGUUUUAUAAACCGUGGCGCCGAAGGGUAGAUCGUGGUCGAAGAACACACAUUGUCGAAACAAUAGAGUUAGAGGUUGAAGCGCAAGAUUCGGACAAGAAAGAGGGCGAAAAGGACGCUGCAAACGUUGCAUCUCGAGAGUGGGAGUAG